AUGAAAUUUGAUAAGCUGCAUUCUCAUAAUCCAUCACCAAAAACUCUUGAAUUCACUUCCACGACCAAAUCAACAUUUGUACCUCCACCUCUUGGUUUAGAAAUUGUUACGAUGCCCAACAACAAAAUUUUCGAUCUCUUUCUAAAAGGAUCUAUAAGUGCAAAGUAGAUGUUGUAAAUGGAUAAUAACGAUAUUGAGAAAUCCCCAAGAACUCCUCCUAGACGUCAACAAACAAGGCAUAAAUCCAUUAAAAAAAAUUAAGCUGACUAAAUCUUCAAUCUUGUUGAGAGAUUUUAACAAUAAAGGAAAUAAUCUAUUAUAAUACCAUAGAAUCCACAACCCAAAAAUCCACCAAAAUUAGUAAGGAAGGAAACAUUAAUGCAAUUGACAUCAAGUACCAAGGAACUGCUUCAACCAAUUGCAUAAUCUAGAUUCAGAGCAGUGAAUAGAAAAUUUACUUAAAGGAGCAUGUCUGGCACUAAGGAAGAAUAAUUGAUUAAGAGAUGUGAAAAACUCAGUGGUGAACGUUUGAAGGAGGAAGAAAAAGAAUUAUUAUUAAAAAAGGAAAUAACUGAUGAAGAUGCAUGGAGAAUGAUGAAUGUAUUUCAAAAGAAGAAAUGGUUUUUUGAUUAUGUGCAUAGAAAUCUAGAUUAGUAAAAAUAAAAUUCAAGUUAACAAGAAAUCAAGUAGUAAGUUUAACCUAUUUCGCUCUUUUAAAAAUUAAGAAACACAGUUCUCAAACAAACAGAAGUCAAAAGAAAACCUGAAAAACAAUGUUAGGAAUACUACAAUCACAUUUAAAAGUAUAUGUAUUAGUGAUAUAGUAUUGAAGAUUAAAUUAAAUACCAUGUAUUCAAUAGAAAUUUGCCUGAAAAAAUCAGAAAUCAAUAAAAACAAAAUGUCAAAAUGUUCAGAUCUGAAUCUGAAGUUUCCAAAUUAAAUAUUAGAAAUAAGUUUCUAGAGGUAGCAGACAAAUUUAGCAUCAAUUAAUCCAAUCCAUAAAUUCUAAAGGAAUUCUUUGAAAAUGGUAGUCAAACCAGCAGACCCCAACAGAAAUUCCAAAAGAGUUAAUUUACGACCAGAAGAGUUCAAAGGCCAUAAUUAUCAAGGGAAAAUGAUAUUUCUCAUGAAAGCUAAGGAGAUUCAUAUAAAAGUAUAACUGAAUUCAGACUCAAUGAGUUGUAUCAUGAAAGUAAAUAAAGAUAAAAAUAAUAUAAAUAAAAAUAUGAUACUCCUUUCAUUGACAAUGGGGAUUAACUAUAAAGAAAAGUCAAGAAUUUGGUCAAAUUGGGAAAUUUAUAGAAUACCAUUUUAAAUGUAGUUUAAUUUAAACUUUAGUAAUGAAACUUUUCCUUGUUAUAAUUAUGAAUAUGCCAUUUUUAUUAAUAUUUGAUAUAUGCUUUAAAACAAAAUUUAUUAGCUAAAUACACCUAGGAGAGGAGUUUCUCGUUCUGAAUCAAUCAAGAAAAAACUAUUCAAACUAAAUCUUGAUUCAUUGAAAACUCAUGAAACUGAAACUUAAAUGAAUAGCGAUCUGCUAACAACGAGUAGAGCUCAUCAUUAUAAAUCCAUUAGUUCAACAUUAUUCUAAAGAAGAAACAGUAAAUACCCAGCAAUUUUGUAACAGUUAUAAUAAUAAUACUCAACAGCAUUCAAAAGUAAAGAACUUGAUAAAGCAAUCGAUGCAGUUGUAGAUGUUAUGAUUUUACAAGUUGUUAGAGACAACAUUUUAGGACUACUAAAUACUUACAUAUUGGUGGCUGAAACCUAUUUAAAAUUUACAUAUUAUUCUUCAGCUAUUCAAACCUAUACAUAAUUAGUAAUUAAAAUCAUUAUUUUAGUUGCAUUUAUGCGAUAUUUGUAAUGAUGUUGAAGAAGUCUAGAAAUCAUUUAGAUUGAAGGUGUUACUUAAACUAAGUAUCAUUGCACAUAACUUAAAAAUGCACGAGACAGCAGUCAAAAUAUUAAAGAAAUUACUGCAAUAUUCAUGGCAUUUUAAAGAUAAGUAUUUAGAGGUUGUGUGCUUUGAUAAACUUGGGUAAGAAGCCUACUUGCAAGCAAAUUUAGAGAAAGCAUAGUUUUAUCAUUGCAGAGCUAUUUGGGGGAGAUCAGAGCCUGAAAAUUCUAAUCAUUAUCAGAUAUCAACUUAAAAUAUUGGGUAGUAUCUAAAAAAACUCCCUAAAGGAAUUCAACAUAUUGAUUAGAAUUUAGUAAGUAAAGCUACUUUUCUACCAUUCACAUUUAUAAGUUAAACACAGAAUCAAUAAAAUAAUAACAAUAAUAAUUCCUCUUAAUAUUAUUGUGGUAUUGAAGUUACUAAUUACUAUUUGAAAAACAUGAAUGUUAUUAAACAGCCACAUAGAUUUCUAUCUCAUGUUACUCCAGAAGCAUGUUUCUAAAAAUUAUUCAUUACUUCCUAAUUUGAGUUUGAGAUUUCUACUCCCAGACAAGCGAAGUAGGAUUCUCAUUCCAAUGAUCUAUUAAGAAUCAAUCCAUAAGAUUUGUUUAUUUCAGUCUUAUAAAAUUCAAACGAUAGAGAGGAAAUCCUAUACAUGAAUAAAGUGAAAUAAUAAAAUAAAAUGGGAGGAUUUGUAUGAUAUAAUUCAUAUUUUAGAUUCCUCCUUCAUCAUAUCGAAUUUAAAAGAAGGAUUAACCUAAGAUUGAUAAAAAGUUAUUGAAAUAGCCAUUAAUCAAAAUGAUAAAUGAAAGGUUAACCAGCCAACCAAAUUUUACAGAAAUCAUAGAAGAAAGAUACCGUGCUGCCAGAAUGAAUCAUAGUAGAGUUCCUCUUAAGGAUUAAGUGAGGAUUUCUCAUUUGAGUCCAAACAGAGAUUUAUUGAAUUACGGAGAAUGCUUAUAGGCAACUGCUGACCCAGAUUAAAUGUUUAUUUCUAAUGUACUAUUUUGA